GUAUUCCGAAAGAAGCAACUGCGGUGAGGAAGGUGGAAGCAAUGGGUAUCUCAUCGGGGCCGAAGCUCUCAGGGUUGCAAAAGCAAGUGCUCAGUCUAUACAGAGCAUUUCUUCGAGCAGCUCGUUCCAAAUCCGCCGAAGAUCGACGGCAAAUGGAAUCGAUUGUCGCCGCUGAGUUUCGCCGAAACGCCAAGCAAAUCGAUCGCAAAAAUUUCAUCCACAUCGAGUACCUUCUUCGUAGAGCGACGAUCAAUUUUGCAGAACAGUUCAAGUCGGUGGUAGAAUCCUUGAAAUGUUUGAAAAUGAGGACAAUGGAUUUUUCUUCCUUUGUGAGGUUAAGUGAAAUCCUAAGCGAUAUACGGUUUUGUGAUUAGCCCAUCCGAUCGUCUUUGUUCAAGCCGAGGGAACACGAUUGCCAAUUGCAAUAUGUCGACCACUAAGCAAAGAGUCGUAGAUAAAGGUAGAGUUUCAUUACCAAGACAACUUUGUGUACAAUUGACAACUAAGUUCAGUUUCAUUACCAAGACAACUUUGUGUACAAUUGACAACUAAGUUCAUAGUCAGUCAGACAAAUAGAAUUUUUUUUUGCGCGCAUAAUAAACUUGUCAUGCAUGCAACUGACGACCUUAUUUUUAGUAGGAAAAUAUGAUUGUUACUAAAUUAUGAAAGUAUGAAAGUAUUAUGUGCAUCGUGUCCAUGUACCGUGAUUUAAAAUGUGGGACUUCAUGCAUGUUGUAUACAAAUAUCAGUUACUUC